AUGUGCAAUAUAAAACCAGGGAGUGCACUUGCUGAACUGAUUGUAAGAGCUAAGCUUAUCAUAUGGGAUGAAGCUCCGAUGAUUCAUAAACAUUGCGUACAAGCCGUGGAUAUGACUUUCAGAGAUAUCAUGCGUGUAUGUAAUGAGCUCAGUACAGACAAACCCUUUGGCGGAAAAACAGUAGUUUUUGAUGGUGACUUCGGACAAAUCUUAUCAGUUGUUCCUAAGGGUAGUAGGCAAGAUGUUGUGAAUGCCGCUAUUAACUCUUCAUAUCUUUGGAGGAAUUGCACAGUUCUGAGGUUGACCAAAAACAUGCGACUUUUGAGUGCUGCAUCUUCUGAUGAAGUUUCACGAUUGAAGGAAUUUUCUUCUUGGGUUGCUUCUAUUGGAGAUGGAGUUGUUGGUGGUCCAAAUGAUGGCGAAGUGACUAUUGAUCUCCUUUCAGACAUUGUUUUGUCUAAUUCUGGGGAUCCUCUUAGAACAAUUGUUUCAACGAUAUAUCCGUCCUAUAUGAAUCAUGAAGAGUUGAGUAAUUGUUUGCAUGAGCGUGCCAUACUUGCUCAUACUUUAGAGGUUGUUGAUGAGGUUAACCAAUUCAUGAUGUCGUUGAAUCAGUCUCAGGGUCGAGUUUAUUUGAGUUCUGAUAGUAUCUCAAACUCAGAUUUGACCUCAAAUGGCUUAGCUGAGAUACAUUCUGUUGAAUUUUUGAAUAAGUUCAAGUGUUCAUGUACAUAUAAUCAUGAAUUGUUGUUGAAAGUUGGUACUCUUGUGAUAUUGUUAAGGAAUAUAGAUCACUCGAAUGGAUUGUGUAAUGGCACCAGACUGGUAAUUACGCGUUUGGGUGAUUAUGUUUUGGAGGGACAAGUAUUGGGUGGCCAUAAUGUUGGUCAUAAAGUUUUGAUUCCCCGAAUGUCUUUAAUACCAUCUGAUCCAAGGUUGCCAUUCAAAUUCCAACGACGACAAUUUCCUUUGGUUGUGUCGUAUGCAAUGACCAUUAACAAAAGUCAAGGUCAAUCUCUGUCUCAUGUUGGAUUAUUUUUACGAAAACCAGUGUUCAGUCAUGGACAAUUGUAUGUUGCUAUAUCUAGAGUUACGAGUCGUGGAGGUCUCAAGAUUUUAGUUUGUGGAGAUGAAGAUGAUAAUAGAAGCGAUGCUACUGUUAAUGUUGUUUACAAAGAAGUUUUUCAAAACUUAUAA